CUCACCAUUGUUAGUUAAGUCUGUGUUUUCAUUAUAUUAUAGGAUUGGUUUGGCCAGUGAAGAAUUACCAUUAACAAAUUGAUUCAACUAAUACAAUAUUAUCGUUGAAAGUGGUUGAAAAAAUUUUUUCAGUGGGCUUUUAACAGAAAGCAAACCUACAUUUUUCCUUGAGAAAGCGGUAAAAACUAAGCCGGCGAUAGUAGAUCCAUUUUCUCUACAUACGAUCAGAACUUACAUAGUUUAAAUGUCUUCAACCGAAGUGAAGCUAUCAAGGCUGCUGAUCUUAGCGCAAAAGUUUAACAACUUUUAUCUAUCAGGUAUUCAUAAGUGUGACAUUCGUCCAUUUGUGGUAGAGGGGCAACAAGUUGGUCUUAUUAAGUCAGAUGUUUUAACACAUCUUAAAAAGUAUCCUGAAGUAUUUUGCAUUCGGGCUUGUGAGCAAAGUAAACAGGGUUCGGUAGAGCUAAAUCCUGCUUUUCGUGACUAUAACGAGCGCACUGAGCAACUGGAAAAGGUUUUGCGUAACUUGCGGUCCGAGGGACUUUUUCCUGCAUUACAGGGAUGGAGGGAUGAGUAUUUCGAGGUAAAAGCAGACUGCAGAGCUCUACUUAAAAUGGAACGGGCAGCUACUCCGCUCUUUGGAGUGCGAAAGUACGGCGUUGAUAUAAACGGUUACGUAAGGCACCCGACGCUUGGGUUAUGCAUUUGGCUGCAGCAGCGGUCAAACACAAAAGAGACCUGGCCUGGAAAAUGGGACAAUAUGGUAGGCGGUGGACUUUCAGUCGGCUUUGGUAUUAAGGAAACAGCCAUUAAGGAGGCUGCAGAGGAGGCAUCAAUUCCUUCUGACCUAGUUAAGAAUUUGGUGUCCGCAGGAUGUGUCUCAUUUUACUUUGAAAGCCGACAAGGACUUUUUCCCAAUACCGAAUAUGUUUUCGACUUGGAGCUACCACUUGACUUUGUGCCUCAAAACGCUGACGGGGAGGUCCAGGCCUUCGAGCUACUAACAGCUAAGGACUGUGUGGAGCGCGUUUUUACUUCAGAUUUCAAGACAACUUCAGCGCCUGUGGUGAUCGAUUUUCUUAUCCGACAUGGGCACAUAACAGCAGAUGAUGUUGUCGACUUCACGCAAAUCGUCGAGCUCCUGCACGUGCCCUUACAGUCCCUAUAUACGUACAAGACACGCUUUGAGCAAUCCAUUAAGCAACCUCAAUUCUUGCCAGGUGAUUCCAAAAACUGCAACUGUGAAAUAUUUCAGAAAAUAUCAGUGGAGAAUGGGCACAAGAAAACAAAUUAAUCUGAAAUGCUGAAUAGUCUUAAAAAUAAAUAAUGAGGUAGGGCUACAAAGAAAUAUUAAUGCAAGCUCAAAACAAAAUAAAAGUGAUUGUAAUUGAAGUGAACUUUCUGAAGCCCAGGCUAGUAUCAAAGAGGUACACAUUAUUAGUGGACGUAUGACCCUUCCCUACAAGUCUGAUUAUAUAAUGAAAGUUCAUAAAAAAUACAAUUUUGCUUUAAGCUUUUUUUAUUUCACAAUAUCGGUCAGCUUUAACAAGUAUAAUUAUUACAAAUAUUA